AUGGAGGGUCCCAAGUUGCCUCAACAAACAAGGAAUUCAUCAAUCAAUCAAUCAAUACUGACCAAAUUUCCACAACUUAGUUUCCUGGUUUUGUGGGAGAAUCCUUACACUGCUUUUGGAAAUUUGGAUAAUACUAUACUACUACUGGUAAAUACCAAGGCCAGGUUGGGAAUUUUGGAAUUUGGAAAGCUGAAGGUAUUGUCAGAAGCAAAGAUUCAACGUGUUUUACACAGUCCACUUAUGACAGGUCAUAAGUUUCCUGAGGUUUUUGGACUAAAACAAGGAAGCUAUGCAGAUCUUCCUUCAACAAAAAUUUCAGAAUUGAUGAAAUCAACUAGUUUGGAUAAUGCUCCUACUCAGUCCCUUUUGAGUGUAGUCAAUGGUAUUUUAGAAGAAAGUGUUGAAAGAAGAAAUGGUGAAAUACCCCAUCGUGUGGCUUGCCUAUUGAGAAAGGUUGUCCAAGAGAUUGAAAGACGCAUAUCAACUCAAGCAGAUCAUUUAAAAACUCAAAACAAUCUUUUUAAGGCUCGUGAAGAAAAAUAUCACUCAAGAAUCAGAGUCCUUGAGGCUCUAGCAUCUGGAACUGAGGAUGAAAAUAAGACUGGGAGGAUUGGAAAAGAAGAAAAGAAGGUAGAUGAAUUAAAACAAACUCGGAUGACUAAAAUGGAAGAAGAAAAGGAAAAUGGCAUGACGCUAAUUGAGAACACUAAAAGGGCAGAAAAGAGGGAUUGUGACAAAGAGGUUAUUAGAUAUAUUAAAGAGUUGAAAGAUAAAACUAUGGAAAUUUCAAUAUUGAAGCAAAAGCUAGAAACAAUGAAGAAAUCAUAUGAAGUACAAUGUUCAGAGUUUGAUUUAAAAGCUAAGGAGGAAAAUGCAGCAAAUGACAAAGAGGUUAUUAAAUGUAUUAACGAGUUAGACGACAAAACUAUGGAAAUUUCAACAUUAAAGAAGAAAUUAGAAACAAUGGAAAAAAAGUGUGAAGUACAAUGCAUACAAUUGGAAGCAAAGGCUAAAGAGGAAAAGAGGACAAAUGAAAAAGAUGUAAUUAAAGAGCUGGAAGACAAAAAUUUGGAAAUUUCAACAUUGAAGCAAAAACUAGAAAUGGUGACAAAAAUGUAUGAAGCACAAUGUUCAGAACUGAAAGCAAAAGUUGAAGAGGAAAAGAUGAUUGAUGGAAAAAAGGCUAAUGGAAAUAUUAAAGAAUUGGAGGACAAAAAUAUGGAAAUUUCAACAUUGAAACAGAACCUAGAGACGAUGGAAAAAACAUAUGAAAUACAAUUUUCACAGUUGAAGGCAAGAGUUGAGGAGGAAAAGAGCACAGAUAAUAAAGAGGUUAGUAAAUAUGUUAAAGAGUUAGAGGAGAAAAAUCUGGAAAUUUCAACAUUAAAGCAAAAUCUAGAGACAAUGAAGAAAACAUAUGAAGUACAAUGCUCGUUGUUGAAAGCAAAAGCUGAAGAGGAAAAUAUGGCAAAUGGAAAAGAGACUACUAGGUAUAUUAAAGAGUUAGAGGAAAAAAAUAUGGAAAUUUCAGCUUUUAAGCAAGAAGUUGAAACAAUGAAAAAAACGUAUGAAAUUCAAUGUUCAAAGUUGAAAGCAAAAGCUGAAGAGGAAAAGAUGGCAGGUGGGAAAGAGACUUUUAGAUAUAUUCAAGAGUUGGAGGACAAGAAUAUGGAAAUUUCAGCAAUUAAGCAAGAACUAGAAACUAUGAAAAAAACAUAUGAAGCACAAUGUUCACAAUUGAAAGCUAAAUCUGAAGAACAAAAAAUGGCUGAUGAGAAAGAAAUUAUAAAAUAUACUAAAGCGUUAGAUGAGAAAAAUAUGGAAAUUUCAGCAAUCAAGCAAGAACUGGAAACAAUGAAAAAGACAUAUGAAGUACAGUAUUCACAAUUGAAAACAAAAGCUGCAGAAGAAAAAAUGGCGGAUGAGAAAGAAAUUACUAAAUGUAUUAAAGAGCUAGAGCAAAAAAAUAUGGAAAUUUCAUCAUUUAAGCAAAAAUUGGAAGCAAUGAAAAAAACAAACGAAGAACAAUGCUCACAGUUGGAAGCAAAAAUUGAGGAUGCUAAAGGAGAACUAAAACAAAAAUCACAAGAAUAUGAAAGUUUGUUGGAAAAACUAAGAAAUAAGGUUAAAGAAAAUGAAACUCUUUACGAGUCAAAAUAUCAGAAGUGGAUCACGAAAGAGAACCAAAUACGAACAGAUGUGAAUUUUCAGUUCAGUUCCAUACAGAAACUGAAAUUGUCAUGGGAAUCCAUUAAGCAAGAUGCUUUGAAAGAGCAGAUGAUUUUUUCUGAGGAAUGUAACCGAUUAGGUGUAAAUCUUAAACCACUAGUAGAUGCAGCUGAGAACUAUCAAAUAGUUCUUGCAGAAAAUCGAAAACUAUUCAAUGAAGUUCAAGAAUUAAAAGGAAAUAUAAGAGUAUAUUGUCGAAUUAGACCAUUUCUUCCUGGUCAAAAGGAAAAACAAUCUAUUGUGGAACACAUUGGUGAAACUGACUUGGUUGUGGCAAAUCCUUCCAAACAAGGAAAGGAAGGUCUUAGAACAUUUAAGUUCAACAAGGUCUUUGGUCCAACCUCAACUCAAGCUGGGGUGUAUGCUGAUAUACAAGCUUUUAUACGAUCAGUAUUGGAUGGGUAUAAUGUAUGUAUAUUUGCUUAUGGCCAAACUGGUUCAGGGAAAACUUACACAAUGAGUGGUCCAAAUAAUGCAACACCUGAGAGUGUUGGUGUUAACUAUCGAGCUCUUAAUGAUCUCUUCAGCAUAUCUACGAUACCUGAUGCCACCAUGCAACCUGUGAAGUCAACUUCAGAUGUCAUAAAGUUAAUGGAUAUUGGUCUGAAAAAUAGAGCUAAGGGUUCAACUUCUAUGAAUGAAAGAAGUAGUCGUUCUCACAGUGUGGUCUCAAUUCAUGUUCGUGGAAUGGAUCAAAAGUCUGGUUCCACUCUUCAAGGAAAUCUUCAUCUGGUAGAUUUAGCAGGAAGUGAAAGGGUAGAUCGCUCUGAAGUAGUUGGGGAUAGACUCAAGGAAGCACAACAUAUUAACAAAUCACUAUCUGCUCUUGGAGAUGUCAUUUUUUCCCUUUCUCAAAAGAAUGCUCAUGUGCCAUAUAGAAAUAGCAAGCUUACUCAACUUCUUCAAUCAUCUCUUGGUGGUCAAGCAAAAACACUCAUGUUAGUCCAAAUUAAUUCUGACCACAAGUCUUAUUCUGAAUCUUUGAGUACUUUGAAGUUUGCUGAAAGGGUUUCUGGAGUUGAGUUGGGAGCUGCUAAAAGUUCUAAAGAUGGAAGAGAUGUUAGAGAAUUAAUGGAACAGGUGGCCUCUCUCAAGGACACCAUCUUGAUUAAAGAUGAAGAGAUUGAAAAGUUACAAUUACUUAAAGAUCUAAAAAAUGUAUAUCCUGGUGCUAAUUCUGAAAAUGUUGGAACUAGCUCAGAAUAA